AUGGUGAAAUCCGAUGGUGAAAGCCAGGUCGUCGGCGAGCAGAUGGAGAAAUCGGAGGCCAUUCCAAAUCCACCGCCAAUCAUCACCGCCGCUCACCGCCGCCACAGUCAUUCACCAAGGCAACGCACCAUGUCGAAAAGUGGGCCAAGGUUUUCUGGAAUGCAGAAGCAAGUUCUGGGGCUAUACAGAGGAUUCUUACGGGCAGCACGUUCUAAAUCUCCUGAAGAUCGACGACGAAUUGAAUCAUUUGUUUCAGCUGAAUUCCGCCGCAAUUCUAAGCUUGUUGAUCGGAAGAAUUUUCUUUACAUUGAAUAUUUGCUUCGCCGAGAAAAAUUGCAUGGGAUUUCUUCGGGAAGAUUAUGA